CUCUCAAUCGUUCUGCUAAAGUGUUUCUCAGAGAUAGAAAGACUCUUCUACAAUUGUGGCAAGACUAUCUUUCACCACACAUGUGAGUAGCUAUUUAUUAAAACCAUUUUGUGAAUUGAAAGAUUUGAUUUAUUGAUAUUCCAGUUGUGUUUACUGACUAACAACGCUGGGAUUAAACACUAUAUUUUGCAUUACACACAAAACAUAGGCACUCCGUGUAUUGAUUAUUGUUAACAUUUUCAUUCUCUACUUUUCGACUAUACAUUUAAAUCAUCUUCAGGAGAUUGCCACCACGUAAAUACCGUAUCGUUAAAAGCGAACUAACUGACAAUUUCCCGUUGGGAAAUUAGAUGACGCUAGGUCAUCGUCGGCUUUUGAAAAUAGGUGGCAUUCUCCUGAAGAUGAUCAACUUAAAUGUAUAGUCGUCGACACGUACAGAAGGAAAGUGUAAAAAUUUACGGAGUCUCUAUUGUUUUGUGCGUAAACAGUAAUUGAGGCUACAGUAAGUCUAUUAGACGCCACUAUGUAUAGAACGAGAUAUACUUGUUUGAACCACUGAUCUAUUAGAUCAGUGGUUCGAACGUGUAUGCAUGGCUAUGUUUCGGCUUACAAGGUCAAUGCGAUAAGGGAUUUCACUAUGAUUUGUGUAUUCUUCAUUCUACUAGCAAAACAAAGGUUUGAUGAGUGUUCCAACUAUGUUUUAACUUAAAAAGAAAACACGAUAAUGCUGGGAAAGCAUUAGGGGCAGCUAACCAAGGUUGCGUGACUGCCAAACUCUUAAACUGACUACAGAUGGGGUCGUAUUUUUGCCGUUUUCUGUAGGUUUGCGGGUAGAUCACCUAUAUAGUUCAAUGGAUCAGACUUCGAAGACUGCAUUGCAUCACUGGGAUAGUACUGUGAAAAUACGAACAUGUGGAUUGACUGAGAUUUUACUAGGUCUAGGGGCUAAAUGAAACGUCCGCCGGAAGUAUAGUGCACUUUUGUGUAUGCAAAUUUUCUAGCUUUUUCGCGUUCUUUCCAAUCCAUGCUAUAGAUCGAAUCAUCGAAGUUAUAUUCUUCGGCUAAUUGCAAACAAUCUCCGUGUCUUAAUAAUUGAAACCUCUAAUCAAUGAACAACAUCAAACAGCGCACAACGGAUACCAAUGUAAAUAUCCAUGAAUAAAGCAAUUCCCACUUAACAACAACUCAAUCAUUUUAAUUGUUUGUAACAGAUAAACGUAUUGCGUCCGAGGCAGGUAUUUCUUCCACCUCGCAGGCUACAAAACGGAGCGAUCCUUUCCGGGAGGAAUAUAAACAUUUUGCUAUAAAUUUUCCCGAAAAUUCUUGACUUCCCAUCAUUUGCAUGGAUGUCCUUGCUUCAUGUAAAUGUAGGUAAAGCUCUCUCCUUUGACACUAGUGAUACAGGGGAGUGAAGGAGCUCUAUAUUCCUGUACGAUUUCCAGCGUUCUAGAUUUCAAAUGUUUUUCAGGGGAAGACCCCCAGGGGAAUGGGUACUUAUCCCCCUUUAGGUCAACAAUUAGUAAUUACUAGGGGGGGAGGUCACUAACUAGUAAUUACUAGGAGGGGCGCCAACAGGCUGCCAUGGCCAGCAAGAGCAAGAACGCAAAUGGUUAUUAAAAUAGACCGAAGUGUUAGAAUAACAAAUUCAAAUAACUUCGUUCAUUAGGCUUUCGUCUUCCCCAUCCAGUAUUGUCCACGAUUGUUAACCUGCACUAUAAUUAUAUGCAUACACGAAAGUGAUACCAACUACACACGUAAGAACGCACAGGUUGUAACAAACCUGCAGUGGACUUGUAGCAAUGCUGUUCCAACAACUUGUCAACAGGAUGUGUUCGCACUGCUUGUUCCCAGCUUGUUGACAAGUUGUCAACGGCUUGUUGACAACUUGCUACAAGAUUGUUGAGCUCAACAGACUUGUUACAAGUUGUUCAAACAACCUGUUAUCGUCCUGCAAUUCAACAUUUUGUCAACAAGUUGUGAGUGACAACCUUGUAGCAACUUGAUAAAAUAACAGCAUUGUUACAACUUGUUGACAAGCUUGCUACAAGUCUGCUGCGAACACAUCUUGUUGACAAGUUGUGAGAUUUUUACGUGUGUACCUUGCUCUAUAUUAGGUUUCUUAUGAGUACAACAUGAUGUUGGAAAGCCAAAGGUCCUCUUCUCUAUGGAAGUAUCUGAUUUUUCUCGCGUUCUUAACAGGUAUAUGUUUCUAUGGAAUGAGGAGCACGUUUACACAUAUUAUUAUAUAAUGACAAAUAUAUUCUAAGUUGAUGAUGUUGGCAGAUAAAGUUGUCCUUGUUAUUUUAAAUAUUAAUGUUGAUCUGGUAUCGAUCAUACAAAUCGGAGGGUCCUGAAGGGGUAAAAUGGGAACUGGGAUUUGUCUAUUUUUUUACCUGGAGUGCACGGGAAUAACAGACACAAAAAUGGUCUUGAAAAGACAGAGUGAAAUACUUUAUGAAAAGCGACAGAGAAAUUUUUCAUUAAAAAUUUUCCGCAAAAGUCCAGGAAGACGCAUCAUGCCUUUUCCUGCUCGAUUAGGUAUUUUUUCAGUCUGCUAUUACAUGGCAGUCAUUUACUUAAAUAACGACCGGGCGCCCUUCCCACCUCCCUGCCCCUUUCAGGAACCUCAAAUCGCAGUGUCUAUCUGAACGUAGUUUACUGUAUAUAGCCAAGAAAUCCUGCAUGUAGGCCGUGGACUGUUGGCCAAAAUUAUUUCGCUUCGUGGCACCCGUGUGGGAAAUACUUGGUUUUGGGUUUAUUUGAAAGGCAUAUAGGUACAUCACUACCAAAAAAAAGUUCCCAAGCAAAAAGUUGCGCAAUACCGAGAAAAUGGGUGAUCAAUGAUUAUCCUCUAUUAAAUUGUAUUACAGCAAAAAAUGGGAAAUUUUAUAAUUCAAUUACAAUAAAAAUGACUUGCAUCAUCGGAAACGUACAAAAAACCGCAUAUAAGACUUUUAAACAUUUUUUUGAUUUUUCAAAUAGUUUUUGAGUUAUUGCGGUUUUAAAUGUGAAAACUGGACCAAAAUGUCGCAAUAAGGACUGGGUACUAGGUCAAAAACGCGUUUUUGACAGCGUAUAACUCGAAAAAAAUUUUAAAUAUAAAAAAAACUGUUUAAAUGUCUUGUAUGUAAGUUUUUGUAAGCUUUCUGAUGAUGCAAGUCAUUUUUGUUGUACUUGAAUACAAAAUUUCACAUUUUCUUGCUGUAAUACAAUUUAAUAGAGGAUAAUCACUGAUCACCCAUUUUCUCGGUGUUGGGCAAGUUUUUUGCUUGGGAACUUUUUGUGGUAAUUAAGCAUCUAUGGUUCUAUGAAUUGAACCACAGAAAAUCUAUUUCCCAGGGGGGUGCCACGAAAUUGCUUUUCUAGGCACUUUUUCGCACAACAACCCACGGCCUAAUGUACUAGUAAAACACCUCAUGAUCGAAAGUGAGUAUGCGCACGGAAAACGAGUUACAACGCAAUUUGAAGCAUACGUAUACUUAACUAUUGUUUGACUUUUCUUUAUCAACAUUUAGCAUGCAUGCCAAACACUGCGGACAAUUUACCACAUGACAUCUUAAAUGAAAAUUCAGACAUUCGAGAUUUAAUCGAAGGAGAUGUUCAUUACUACCGCUUGGUUUGGGAUCCAACAAGUCGCACAGUCUCGGUGUUCAAUAUAUCUGGCAUUUCUCCUCUACAUAUCAUCUUAAUCCGCAAGAAUAUUGGACAUUGUGAAAUGUUUUUCUUACGGUUGAAAGCCAUUUUACUGUUUAACUCGAUGAUAGCGUGUGUCGGAGAGUUAUCAGCUACAAAUCUUAAACAGAACUGUAAGUGGGUCAAUAAUUCUAAUACACUUAACAUUAACCAGGGGAAUAUCUACGGUAUGCCGGGUGACUGUGGACCUUGGUAUUUGACAAUCUAUACACCAGGAAUCUCGAACGAUACAGAACUUUCGGUAGAAGUGUCAGAGCCCUACGAUCCUCUCGCGUUCAGAUGGUUUCGAGUAACCAGUAAUUUAGCUUUUGUGCCUGCGAUAUAUCUUGCGUUAAAACGACGUUUUCAUGCAGAGGCAAUAAUUUAUGUUCUCACCUGUAUUAUGUCUUCGGUAAGUAGUACAUUAUUAUUGUUACUGUGCUCUUUGAAAUUUGCAUUCACAAUGUCUAAAUUAUAAUGUUCAAGUUUCUUCUGGCAUUACAUUCGAGCUACGCUCACCUUAAGAAGAAAAGUCCAGGGCAACGAUGACAAUACUUUGUUUACAUUUUAUGACUAGGAGUUACUAUCGCAAGGAAAUAACCCGAGUAUCAGGCUCUAUUUUAUUUAUUUAUAGGCCUGAUCGCAGGUUAGCAAGGAAAGUGCUGCCUCUCCCCAAGGGAUCAAAGGCAGCAUGCAUAAUUUGCUGAAUAAGGGGGUGUUUAUAUGACCCUGCUUUGCCAGGACCGAGAUGUGAGGCGGGAUUAUUUUGAUGAAUUGAAAUAAAUUACAGCAAUGAAGGCCAGACUCGCAGAAAGAUUUUGUGGGAAGUAGGUCAAAACACGUCCUGCGCCCUCUUUAACUCUCUAACCUCAUUUUGCUUCAACAACGAUUUCCAUGCAUAUAUUGUUCACAAUCGCUAAAAGUUGUCCUGUGUGGUAUAACAUUGCCCUUAGCAACUGCUGUUUGCCAGAUGUGCCCACUCUAUCCCCAUCUACUGUAUGAAACAGGUUAGGGACCCGAACCCAUUGACAAGUUAAACGGGCCUAAAAAUUUGUUUUAUCCCUCCACAUGACAUAUUGUUCAUGUAGAGGUCGGAGCGGAAAAUUCAGAUUCUCUUUCCUGCUGUCGAUGACAAGGGAACUCUGUUGCAUUUUAAUUUGCCACUUCAACGCUCUUUUUCUCCACGUCCUUGCGCAUGCAAAUCCAAAUAUAGUAGUCUAUAGUAGAAAUAUUUUGUGCUAAUCCCAUUUAUAGUUAAGGAUUUUGUGAUCAUCAUUAAUUUAUUUAUUUUGUUAUUAAUUAACAGAUAUAUCACUUGUGUGAAGCAGAGUUUCAUUGUUUUAAAGGAUACUCACGCCUUCACUAUAGCGAUUACUACGUUUCUGAUCUCUCAAUUGUUGCCACGAUCUGGACGAUGACUAGAAUUGAACCACCAAUUAAACAUCUUGUAUUUCUGGCUGUUGCAAUUAUAUUACAGUUUGCUGUCACCGAAACAUUUAGUGGAAGCUAUCAUUUUUGGAUCAAUCUUAUAUUGUCAGGACCUGCUUUGGUUUAUAUUUGCGUUCAAUGUGUAAGUAGCCACUGCCAGUAGUAAUAAGCAAAAACCUAAUUUAAACUGUUAAAUGAAUGUGGAAAUAUUUAAUAUCCGUACUAUACUAUCUGUCUAUCCUCCAUUUUAAAUUCAUGGUCGACUCCAUAGAUAUAGGAGAUCUAGAUUGCUAACGCAUACCUAGCGCAGGCGGGGCCUACAUGAUAAAUCCAAGAUGGCGGUACAACAGGGCAAAAAGAUUAUAGAUUCUAUUACGAAAAUCAGGAUUUUUGCAUUUUUUGCCGUCGCAUUGUUUCGAAACUUAUUCGGUCAAAUGUUAUGGUAAAGAGAAACUUACCGCGAAGAUUUUGAGCAUAUAUAUGAUUGAAUUGGAUGAAAACUCGCAAAAUUAUGCAGCGAUAAAAGUUCGUGUAUAGUACUGAUAUAGUACUAUAUAUGUAACUUGUACAGUUUUGCUUUAAUUUUUGCUCACUAUUUGCAUAAAAAGCAAAUUAUAACAGACCAUAGAUGAUAGACCCUUAUCCAUCAUGUUAUCAUUGUUAAUCACAUGUGCUGCAUCUCAGAUGCAUUUUGUUUGCAAGUAAUUCAAAUUUAAGUUCUUUGUAGGUUUGCAUGGCGAUAAAACAUAUAAUAGUUGCAGUAAUAAAUUUACGUGGUGCUUCCACAAACAAAACUAUUAUAUAAUUCAAAUUUGUUUCAAAUAUCAAGUUUGAAAUAAUUCAACUUUUUCAGUAUCAAAGUAUCCCGCCUGACACCCCAUUUCAACAUUAUUAUUAUAGUGUUACCUGUAAUUAAACAUGCAUAUUAACUUGUUCAGUUAUUGAUAUUUUAAUGACUGGUAUCCUACAAGGAUCUGUGUUUACAAAUAAGAUGAGAUGAAACACUAAGUUAUAUUUAAAAAUGUCUCUAAAGAGUCAAUUUAAGUCAAUUUAAAGUUCUGCAUCAUAGCUGUUAAAAAUGUUCUAAAUUGUUUAAGAUUAUUUACCUUUAAUGUUUGUUGAAAAAUAACAAUAGAUUUGUCGGCCUUCGGAUAUCUUUAUAGGAAUCCAUUGCUGUUGAACAACAGGCUUCCUUGAAAUUUGAAGGUCUUCUUUUUUAAGGUCUUCCUUCCUAGUUCUUCGUCCCUACAUCUUUUGCUAUCUUCCUUCUUCAUUCCUCUCAUUGACCACAUCAUAUCGAACAAUCCCAUGCGUGUAACUCACACAGAUGUGCUGUCGUGCUCAAAUGUCAGUGAUUAUGAUGCACCUUACACCUGCUUCAACAUUCGCACAGAACGUUUUGAACCGCAUUUUAAAUACGUUCGAAUCGAACGUCAAUUCAAGAAGAAUGAAUUUAUUCAGGACUUUGAAUCAUUCCCAUUCCAUCUAAUAAUUGGAAGAUCCUGAUGAGAAACUGGAAGUAUAUAACAGACUCGUUGCUGAAUGUAUUGAGCGUCACGCUCCUCCGAAACGUACGAAGAUUACCGGCCCUCCUGCGCCAUGGUUACAGAUGAUAACAUCCGUGAUCUUCAAAACCAAAGAGAUUUGUUGCGCCGCGAAGCCCACACACUCAAUACGACUGAUGUCUGGCAAGCUUUCCGUGAUGUUCGUAACCGAUUAAAAAGAUUAAAAUCAAAGAAGCGAAGAAGUCUUUCAUCAACAAGGCUUUUUCAAGUUCCAAACCAAAAGAAAUAUGGCGUGUUAUACAUCGUGUCCUGAAACCAUCCCCAAACCUCUGAGACUUGACUUCGAGGAACUAAACGAAUUAUUCGCAAGUACAGCCCAGCCCACGACGGAAAAUGCCGAAAUGGACACUUCAGGAGACCUGCUUAGUUUUGUUAAUACACUACAACCACGCGUUAGUGAUGAUGCAACAUUUCAUGUACGACCAGUUACGUUCAGAGAGGUUCUGUGUGAACUUAAAAGCAUCCAAUCCGACACAUCUACAGGAGCAGACCAACUACCAGCUAAAUAUCUCAAGAUUGUCACGGAGCACAUUGCUGGAUCAACUGGACCACUUACCCACAUAAUCUACUCCUAUACAGCAGUAUCAUCAUUUCCUGAUACUUGAAAAGUCGCUAAUACGAGCUCUAUCAUGAGUCCUAUAUCAGUACUGCCAGUUCUCUCAAAGGCGUUUGAAAGGCUUACACACCAUUAACUGGUUGAGCACAUUGACUCCAAAAGGCCAUUCAACUACAAUUUUGCUGCUUGGUAUCAGAGAUGAUGUACUUCUGCAAUGAAGCGUGGUGAAGUCACACUUAUGGCCCUGGCUGAUUUUUCGAAAGCUUUCGACGCCGUCAAAUUCAAAACUGUCCUUACCAAACUUAGUCAGUUAGGCUUCUCGAAAGACCAUCUUAAAUGGACAGUAAAAUUAUCUUACUGGAAGACGGCAAUUUGUCCAACUUGACGAUGAAACAUCCGGCUUGUGCAUGUUCAGUCAAUUAAGGCCACUCAUCGUCAACGUUUAUGUCGCUGACCUCCAUCUUACGUGAAAGAGAAAUGUCAUCAGUACGCCGACGACACAACCCUUUACGCUCAUUACAAGCCCGAGAAUCUCCAAGAUAUUUGUGGUGUUACUCUGAGUGUAUAUCCACACCGGGCGAGCUUGAAAAAUAUGCCCGGCCACGGUGGGAUUCGAACCUCCGUGGGAUUCGGAAUCCCACGGUGGGAUUCGAACCUCCGAUAUAUAGCAGAUAUAUAUCAAGGGAUAUACACUCAGAGUAACACCACAAAUAUCAUAUUCACCUGAGUACACUACACCAACACAGAAAAAAAUUAAUCUCCGAGAUGUUGUGUAUAGUUGAUAUGCAUGCAGCCAAGUGUUCACAAGAUUCAAGAAUGGUCGAGUGAAGCUAACCAAAUGACCUAAAACUGCAAGUGGUGGAACAUUCUCGAGUUCUUAGAUCGAGCAGUAGCUCUCAAAUUCAAAUUCCUUUAAUUAAGAACACAUUACACGACCAGUCAGCACAUCUUUUUUAACGAUUUACCUGUAGAAAUCAGGGACUGUAGGGACUACCGAGUAUUUUGUAAAGAGGCCAAGUAUUUCUUAAUCUUGAAAGAACGGUCAAGACUUGGUUAAACUUUGAAAUUAUCCCAUUAUUUGUAUAUAGUUGCAUAAUUAUAAAUAUUUUGUUUUAACUUGUAAUAUAAUAAUAGUAUAGUAUUUUUUUAUGUAAAACGAACACGUUAACGGUUAUAUUGCAGUAGUAUCGUAUAUAUAGUUUGUAGAAUUUGUAUAUAAUUUAAUUGUAUUUGUAUAUUUUGGCAAGUGAAGAGCCACUCUGUGGAUGUAUUGCCAAUAAAUCGUUAUUAUUAUUAUUAUUAUUAUUUUUAUUAUUACUUCAGUUUUUACUCUUGGUAUAUGACUUGCUACAAUGCGGGACAUGUAAAUGGACCCUAAGAUAAGCAUUUGAAUCUCUUGCAUGAGAAGUAAAACUACAUGUAAUUUUAUGAGUGGCCUGUCCAUCCUUUACGCGUUGCCGUCUUGAAUUCUGAAUCUCCAUAAUACCAACCAGGAGUGUUUUAUCCGAUAUCAGACGACCGUAAUUACGUCAUGUUUGCCGUUCCGCGCGUGUGCACAUUGUUCCAUCGUUCUUUUACCGUGUAAUGAAUGAGCUAAAUUUACAUAUAGCAGAGUUUUUACUAAAUCUGUACGGCUUGUUUCAUAUUUGUACUGCGUUUGGGCUUCUACGAGCGAGUGUGGUUGAAAUAUUCAACAUGGCGUACAGAGCCAAUGAAGCGGUGAAUAUUUCAGAAUAUAAAAGUGAAUAUACUGCAUUAAAUUAUUUUCGAGGUAAGGAACACGUUGUAACUUAUUGCUUGCCUAACAAAUUCAACGAUCGAUUUAAUUCUAGCGACUCGAGAGACAAAAAUGUUUGCACACUUGACCGUCCCUAAACAACAGAUGUUUGAUCAAACGUUCUUUUCACAAACCAAAACAUUGAGGUUGUUUGGCGAGAAAAAUAGAAACACUUGCUGUUUGAAAUAUCGAGCUUUCACAUUUCAAAGGUUUUCAAAGAUUUAAAAAGUACUUUUAAAUAUUAUUCACUGCUUGUGUGAUGUUACCUAACAUCACACAAACAUCUUAUUCACCUGAGUACAUUACACCAACACAGCAGAUUUCAUUAUUCACUGCUCAAGUGUCUUAUUAGAGUUUUUUAACUACAACAUAUUUACGCGAGUCAAAUUUAAAGCAACCUCGAUUAUUUCGAGUCGUUUCGUUUGCCGUUUGUUUGGAUAAAUGUGGCAAGUGAAACAAGCGAAGUUGCGACGGUCAAGUGUGCAUACAUUUUUGUCUUUCGAGACGCUAGAAUUAAACCAAUUAUUGAAAUUUUUAGGCAAACGAUAAGUCACAACCUGUCCUUACCUCGAAAAUAAUUUAAUGCAGUACUCACCUUUAUAUCGUGAAAUAUUCAAAAAAUUAAUUUGUUCCUGACUGCUACAAUGGCAAUGUUCUAUAUUUCAACCACACUCGCUUGUAGAAGCCCAAGACGCAGUAGAAAUAUGAAACAAGCCGUACAGGUUUAGUAAAAACUUUAAUCAAAGGCAAAGCGAAAAUGAUAAAAGUUUGGCCUGUCAGUGAUUCUCAUGUGUUUAGCACCUUCCCUCAUUCGAAAAAUAUAAGCGCCAUAUUGAAAAAUUCUGCUGUGUAACUAAACUACCAUGAUGCUUAGCAAUUCCGCAAUUGGCCCAUUAAUUUAACUUUUUUACUGUGGCAAACGCAGAAAACACUAAACAACGCGUGGUCGUGUGAUAUAUACGCAGUGCAUUUUUUAAGGAUUCUUCAGUGGUGGGGCAAAACUGCCAUUUUCCUUGCCCUCCCCGAGCAUAGUAUGCGAUCGCCGAAGGUGUGAUCGGAGUACCGCAGCCACGAGUUACCUAGGGGGGUUGAAGCUGGGGACAUGUCCCCCCAGGAAAUUUUUAAAAUUUGGGUCUCUGAAAUAGCAUUUCCCGCAUUCUGAGAACACACUUAAAAAAAUCUCAGCUUCUCAAAACAAAGUUUUAAUGGUGAAAUUUGUAAUAAAUUGCAUGCUAAACAUUCAAACAUAACAUAAGUUUAAGUAUGCUCACCAACAAAUUUUGUUUUUUAAACUUUUCAAUGUUACUCAUUUACUAAUUACAGGUCCUAGGGCCCUGGCUUUGGGGCAAUAGGCUAUUUUUUCUUCAGUGGUGGGGCAGAGGAAGAGGCCCAGUGGGGCAAAUGCCCCACCAGUCCAUGGUAUUAAAAAAUGCCUUGUAUAUACGCAAUAUAAGAUUACGGCACUUUACACUUGUUCCGGAUAGCUUUCCGUAGCAACGUAAAAAAAACACCUACCCUGCUACCCGUACCUUUUAGGAACUCUGUUUUCACAGGAAUCAUAUUGCAACGGGGAGAUGUUGUUUCGCUCAGCUUCUGAAAGUUGUAAAUUCCGUAUCGGAUAGGUGCUUUUUCGCGCAGCUACGGAAAGCUAUCCGGUAUAGUGUAAACGUAGCCUAAAUCAUGCAGUUCGGGUUUAUUAACCGAUUUGAAGAAUAUAUACUAUUAUGCAGUAUAAUUAUUUUAAUCUCUAUAUACAAAUUAUACUAUACCAGAGGGAGAAUAUCGAUUUUAUAUAAAUACGGGAAUACAGUAUUAUAAUGCAGGUCAGUUUUUGUUCCGGUAAACACUAAUUUUCUAAUUGUCUUUUUUAACAGGUUUAUAGAACUGUGAAAUACAGAAGACUCUAUCCAAGUGCACGAAGGUGAAGUUUUUAAUAAUUAAUAAUUAAACUUUAUCCCCGAGCAAACUGCGCGGACGUUCCGGGAUUACGCCCGGGGUGAGGGUACUAAUUCCGCCCCGCUGUUUACCCGUGGGUUUCCGUGCGUGGUUCGGUCUUCGGUGGGUGACAGGGUGCUUAUAUAGAUCUUUGUAAUAUCUAUAUAAGCGCCCUUGUGAGUGGUCAUCACUGAUCUCAUAAUAUAUUUUCAUGAAUAGCGAACACUGAUUGGUCCAAUUUAAAAUUUGCAUUAUAACGACAGCAAAAUAGCAAACAUUUCUUAGUUUGAUAGUUUAUUUGACACUAAACUUACAGCUCCAGAAUAUAUCUAAUUCCACUGCUGAAAUAUAUUAGGUUUACAAAGAUAUUAAAAAGAUAAACUAAUUUUUACAAGUAUUUUGUUUAAAAAAAAAUGAACACCAAAAAAUCUCUUGUUUCCGUUUGUUAUCGACCACCGAAUUGUAACUUAAAUGAAUGGCUUGAAUUAUUCAAAGCAUUUCUGAAUGAUACGUCCCACUACAAUAUCACUGGUGACUUUAAUUUCCCAGACUUAACUUGGAAGGUUCAUCAGAGUUUAGAGAACUUACAUUCGACUUUUUUUGCACCAAGUAUACGUAUAUGUAUCCCACUAGACUAAACAAUAUCGUAUAGACCUUAUCCUAACAAACACUUCAGAAAACAUUGGUAGUUUAUCAUGCGUUUCAGCAAAAUCUCUGAACCUUUCAAGUGACCAUCGUCUGAUGUUCUUCGAUUUUAUGCUUCAUUUGAAAAUGCCAGGGCAUGACAAGAGAACUGUAUUCAAUUUCAAAGUUGCUGAUUGUGACGGUCUACGAAAUGCACUAGUCAAUCGCACUACUUUUCCUUCUAACCAGUCAACUGACGUCAACACCGAUUGGGAGCGAUGGAAAGGUCUCUUUCUCAGAGUUGCUACUGAAUAUAUUCCAUUAAAAUCGUUCAAAAGGAGCAAUUCACCUCCCUGGAUUGACGGUGAAGUUAAACGUAUUCUCUCGAAGAAAGAUAAGUGCAGAAAACGGACUAAACUUUGGGAAAAGUUCCGUGAACUUCGAAGAUCAGCCAAAACGUUAAUACAAGCUAAACGUACGGAGUCUUUUCAAAAACUUCCAUCUUUGUUAAAGUCCAGUAGCAAAAAGUUCUGGUCACUAUUUAAAUCCACCUCAAAUCACUCCAACAUCCCUGCUAAAAUGUCAUGGUCCAUUCGAGAUUCAACGUCUUCGACUGCUGACAACCCAGUUGUUAUUGCUGAUAUGUUAAAUCGCUACUUCUACUCGGUGUUUCAAACUCCCGACCAUACUCACAACCAACUCUUCUCUGUUGAUUUUGAAGAUGGCACGAUCGAUCUAACCACCAUCUCAGAUCUUACUCUAACCGAAGGAAAAGUUCGUUAUGUACUUCGAAAUCUUGACGAAGAGAAAGCAACUGGUCCUGACAACAUCCCAUGCAGCUGUAUUACUAGAAUCUGCGCGGCUAGUAUAGCUCCGUCAUUAUGUGAACUUUUCAACACAAGUUUAUCGUCUGGUCAACGUCCGUCAGAAUUGAAGUUGUCGAAUGUUUGUCCAAUCCCAAAGAAAAGUCCACUUCAUGAAGUUUCCAGUUAUAGACCAAUUUCACUUCUGUCGUUAGUCUCGAAGGUAUUUGAACGUUGCAUAUACAAUAGACUUAUAGAUCAUAUCUCCAGCAAACUGAAUGAGUUACAAUAUGGUUUUCAAAGAGGCAAGUCUACUACUUCCCAGCUUUUACAUGUUCUUCACAACAUUCAUAAAAUGCUUUAAAAAAGAUGCCAAGUUGACACGAUUUACCUCGACUUCGCGAAAGCAUUUGACAAAGUAAGUCAUGACCUUUUACUUGUGAAACUCCAUAACUCCGGCAUCUUCUUCGUUGGUUCAAGAAUUAUCUUUCUGGGCGUUUUCAAAGAGUCACUGUACAUGGUGUUACAUCUCAGCCGCUCCCAGUACUAUCCGGCGUUCCCCAAGGAUCAAUUCUUGGACCAAUCCUCUUUCUAAUCUACGCAAACGAUUUUCCCGAUAGCGUCUCCCAAGGUACUGCCGUGUCAAUGUUUGCUGAUGAUACUAAAUGUCAUCGCGCUGUUCGUAACCCCCAAGACAGAGUAAUCCUACAAUCAGAUCUUAACAAUAUUACGAAUUGGUGUCAAGACUGGAGGAUGGAUUUAAAUAAAUCCAAGUGCGAAGUACUUCAAUUUACUCGUUGUCUCCAACCUACUAUCAACCAGUAUACACAUUAGUUGACAUCCCAGUCAAACCUUUAACCUGUGUAAAAGAUCUUGGCGUAAGUAUCACCAAAGCGACGUGCAUCAAAAUUUAUUCUUUCGCUCCCGUACAAAACACCUAUCCCGUAUAAGAAACGAUUGGCUACCAUCGGAAUACUCCCUCUAUGUUACUGGCAUGAGUAUUUAGAUAUGGUGUAUCUUCACAAAUGCCCUAUAAAUAACUCUGACAAUAACAUAUCUAUAAAGAUCCCUACACGAGAAACAAGGAAUACUAGUUCAACUAACGGCAUCCUACUUCAUGUAACCAAAAGUAAAACUCUUUCUUUUCAAAACAGCUUUUACAUCAGAGCUGCUAAUGUAUAGAACACGCUUCCCGGCUUCAUAAGAAAUACCACCACAUCCCUAACUACAUUUAAAUGUAAUCUAAUGAAAUACUACGUAGAAUUAACCCAACAAAUUUAUGACCCUGAAGAUCCAUUUAAGUCUGUUUGUAUUAAAUGUCACACCACUCGCCCAUGCACUAAUGAACUUAUCAACUCGAACAUGUUGCUAAAUUUAGUUUUUGUUCGUUUGUUCGUCAAUACGUUUGCUUUGUCUUCUUGUAUUUGUGUUUAAUUGUUAUGUUUGUUUUAAUUUCAAAAUAAUUAGAUAUACCAUCAGUUGUUCUUUUUUGGAACCCCGUUAUUGGAGAACUAUCUCUGUGUGGAAAUUCCAGUCAUUUGUAACCAUAGUACUCUGUAUAGAUCUAUUGCAAUGGCAAACUUGUAAAAUAAAAUAAAUAAAAUAAAAAAAUGAAUAAGAUUAGACUAAAAUUCUUGAAAAUACACAUUCACAUACACAUAUGCGCAGACUUAAUAAAACACUCUCUAGUGCUAUAAUUUAAAUGAGGUUAAAAACCAUCAUAUUCAUGGUAUAAAAACAGUUUCUAUAAGUUAUUCAGAAAACUUAUUGGAGUUAUGUUUUAUGAACAUUAUGUUCGUUUAUGAAGUGGCACGUUAAAGUUCCUAUUUUUACGGAAAAAGUGGCUAUUGUCAUUAUUUAAUGGCGGUAACAAAUCCGCUAAUUUGUGCUCAGGGUUAUUGACUAUGUCCUUUGGCGGUUGAUUUGAUUCCUCAGCCUUUUAAAUUCUGUGGUGCUUUUCUGUGGUGCUUUUUUGUCGUUUCCUUAUAAGACCUUUCAAUGUUGUGUUCAUUCACGGAGGUUCAUUUAAUCUGACAGUUUUAUUACGUAGCGGAAUAAUUGAAUCCAACCCAUUGUUCGGAAUAAGGAUGUUUUUUCUUUACAUGAGUGGCCUGUGUUAAGCAAGGUGGGAGUGUCUACCAUCUCUAUAUAUUUCCUUACAGCAAAGCGAGAACUAGGUCUCAAGUCUCUCACUUUUACUGAUGCUGUUGUUGUUCCUUGUUACCAACAGACAAGUUCAUAAGUUUCACCUCUAGAUAGUGAUCACAGCUAUCAGCUUCAAUCGUAAGCUUCUGUGAACGUGGGCCAGACCAUUUAAUAGCCGCCAGCAAGGCGAGGGUUCCUGCAUGCAUGUCAUUUUCUAGUACAUUCAUAAUAAUAUAUACAUCGCUUCAUCAACCGCAUAUGCAAUAAAUAUCCCAGAUAUAUGGCGAUGCUUUCGCAGUUUUCCUUUUCAUAAAGGGUCUUUGCCAUCCCUGGACAAGUUGAAACUCGGGAGCUUCAGUUACAUAGAAACUUGACCAUACAGUACACUCCAGAAGCUGGUUCUAUUUCGGCUUUUCUCCGUGGGUUUUUGCUUCAAAUUUAGCUUUGUGCACGUUUGCUGAAGUGAGUUCGAAAGCGGCCAGUUUAUUUCAUGGUCAUUAAUACUACUCAUAUUAUGCAGCCACCUGCACCAUUAAAUAAUGUAAUACUCUUGAUCAAUGUUAUUUUGUGUUUUUGAUCGCUAACGAAAAUGGGAGCUCAUCCAAGACCAAGUGGUAAAAGUAACACCAAAAUAUAGAGUAUAAAACUUGUUGCCAGGGGUGUAGGAAGCAUCAAUAGGUUGGGGGGGGGGGCCAGCUUUGAGCGACACUUUUGGAUAAUGAAAAGGCACCUAAAAAAUUUUCCCGGAAAUGUUGGCGACGGGGAAGAGGGAAACAGUUUUGCAAUCAUAUCAUAUUCCAUGCGUAAUGUAAUACAUUUGCCCAAAUUUCGAAUUGCAACGAACAAUCAACGUUUUUGACCACAUUUUUUUCGAAAAACAUCGACCAAAAGUUAAAUUUAUUUGGUUCAUGGACAUUUAUUUAUUGAAGGGCAACCCGGGGUCGGAUUCGAAGAAAACCCGGACUGGAAGAAAACCUUGACUCGAAAGAAAGUCGAACCUGGACUUGAAAAAAGUCCCAACUUGUCUCUGAGAAAACCCGGAGUUUAUACCUAAAGAUACUUUAUACCUAAAUUAGAAACCGAAUAUCUGGACACGCAAGAAUUGACCUGCCCAUGGUAAUCAAGAAUACCUAUAGUCUAUACAGUAAUGCACAAGGUUAUGGAAAUAGAUGAUGGCAUGUUAGUGUGUAACCCUUACACCAAGAGGAACAUCAACAGGAUCGAGAUGGUUCGACGCAGAGCUGAAAGAUUUGUCUUUAAUGACUAUUCCAGAGCUAGUCACGUCUCUCCAAUGAUCGACCACCUGGGUUGGGACAAUCUCCAACAACGUCGACUGCUACACCAAGCCACUAUGUUCAACAAGAUCCAUCAAGGCCUUGUUGGAAUCAGUCUUCCUGAUGACGUGUGUCCUUUGACUAGAGCAUCCAGGCUGCCUAAUAUAUGUCCUUACCGACAAAUUCAGUCGUGUGUCAAUGUAUAUUAAGUUUUCAUUUUAUCCAAGAACAAUCGUUACCUGGAGUCACAUCCCAUUUAACAAUCUUUGCCAAUCAACCCCAAGUUUCAAAGCACUUGCCAUGCCUUCAAUUAAGUCACCUUAAUGUAGUUAAUUAGUAUCGUUUUGUAUCGUUUGUAUUGUACUAUAUGUUCGUUUUGUAGUCUUAGAGUUGUUAUUGUCGUUGCUUUUGCCAUUGUUGUUGUUAAUAGCAUAUAACGCUAUUAUAUUCCGCCUAAUAUAUGUGUCAUACAGUGAUUAUGAACUCUUUCUUCAGAGUCUUUCUUGUAUAUAACUAUAAAUAUUAUUUAGUUUUUCAGUAUAUUAUAUCUCCUCCUAGUGUAGUAUAAUACUGUUUUAGGAAUAUUUCAGUAAAGCAUUAAAUAUGAUAUUUGACACAAGGACGGAUUUUCUGGGGGGGCGCACCUCCCAAUCCCCCCCCGAGAAAUUGUGUACCCCCCAACAAAAAUGUGCAGCCCCCUGUCCCUGCCAAAAUUUAAAUGCACUAAAUUAUACUACCGUUAAGUAAGAUAGAAAUAUUAAAAUCAACAUGCUUCUAUAUACGCUUUUUUGCAGCAAAUUAACGUAAAAGUAAAACACACUUACAAAAAAAUAAGUUCACGUGCUCAUCGGCACCACGCGUUCGCACAUUCACAUCAGGGGCGGACUCAGACAGGUUUGACAGGUUUACAUAAACCUGUCAGAUUUUCCAAAGAAAGAAAAUCUAUAACCUUCCAUGUAUAUAACUGAUUUAAAGAAUAUUCUGUUUCAUAAAAUUGAUGUUGUCUAAUCUAUUAUUGAAAUUUGAUUAUGGACUACCGAGCAUAUUUAGACCCACUGAUAAUUGCUUUGGCGAUUAAGAAAAUCAGGAAAUGUUGGGAAGCUUUCACGCUCUUGCAGUUUUGUUUUCAGUUCGUCGUUAGAGUUGGAUUGAAAGCAUGUAGAUCUAAAUCGAUGUGUCAGCAAUUAGCGGAUCCUAUAUUUUUAUCACUAGGCACUAGCUAAUACGCUUCGGAAAAGGUUCAAUUCAUUGUUUGAGCUGCGUAUUAGUUAAAAAUUCACUUAAAAACAUGCAUUUUCUAAUCAUUAAAUUGAUUUAAAAAGUGACGCCAGAACGCAGGAAAUGCUGUUUCAGAGCCCCAAAUUUUAAUUUGUUUCCGGGGGGCAUGCCCCCCCCCCGGACCCCUUACUAGUUGGGUGAACUUAGUAAACCCGUCAUCAAAAACCCUGGAUCCGCCCCUGCACAAGAUCAUCACCACCACCCCAGAAUUUUUUACACCCCCUCAGAGAAAAAUAUGAAAAUCCGCCCUUGAUUUGACAUCCCUUUAGCAUGAAUUGGUUUAAAACUGCCUCCGCAGGACCGCAGGACCAUAUCCAGGCAAAUUUGCGGGCGUUACAAAGUGAGCCGCCAUUUUUAAUGAUUUAUCGAGUUACGUUUAUUUUAAUUAUUUAUUGAUUUCGUUUGUUUAAUUAUUGAUUGAGUUACGUUUAUUUUAAUUAUUUAUUGAGACAUAUAAGUUGAUAGAAGAGACAAUAAUUUUGAACAAAAAUUGGUGAGGAUCUCCCAAAUAGUUUACUUUUCACAAUAAUAAACUAUACAAUUAGAAAAAUCGCACAAAAAAUAUAUAUAAGACAUUAAAGGGAGUAGUGCAUGCCUUGUUAUAUUCACUUGUGCAAAAAUACUAAUGUAUCUUAUUGAACUAUCAGAACGAAUCGAGUCCCAGAUGGUCGUGAGAUAAUUCGGGACCGAACUAAAAUCACCCUGUUAUAAAGAUUCGUGCUUCGUGCAAGUUAUUUUCGACAGUACAACUCAAGUCUACACUUUAUUACACUACAACGUUGAACCUAGACUUGCUACAAGCCGCCUCGGAACUUUUUCCGUAUUUUUUUACAAGCCGGAAAGCUGACAGGGAUGCAAAGUGAGGAACCCAAGCGAAACCGCGCGAAAUAAAGUGACGUCAUUUGAAAAGGACUUUGUGAAGGUCUAACGUUGAACCAUUAUGAUUUAUGAAUAAACCCUUAAGGAAUUUCGUUCUCGACCAAUCAAUGCAUUUGUUGACAUUUUCGCUCUACGCCAAUCAGAAUGCGUAAUUGGUUACUACUUCCGGUAAAACACAUUUGACUACAGAAGUAUUAUCUAACUGAAAGUACACGCGUCGAUUGGCCCAUUGGAUACCCCACAAAAAUUCCUUGUAGGCGAUAGACAACGGCAUUUGUGCUGGUGACCACACAAGAUUGAACCACUGUUGAUGGUAUACGGCGCCAUAUCCAAUGGAACCCGCUGCAUCCGAUGUAAUCACCAGAUCGGAUAAUGGCAGGAGUCCAGGUAAUAGGAAAAACGUUUGUACCAUUCCACUCAGACCACUCCUCAAUGAACUGGAUCCGCCACUGCAAAUCUGAUCGAAAUUCCAUGUUAAGACAGAUGAGGUGGAGCGGGUGGCGAAAAACGCAAAGAAGAUUAAUCAUUCGUCGCAAAAAGGUACAACCAGGCCAAACCACAUGCAUGGUGCAGUUUCCCCAGCAGUGACUCUAGCUACGCAGGUACGUGUGCACCAUCGUUUCUGUUGCCAUUCUUUCAGGAGGUGCUUGAGAACUUCUAACUUGACCUUGGGUAGACGCGCAAUUUGGAGAAUGGAAUCUAGUUCGAUUCCCAAAAUUAAACAGGUAGUGCAUAAGGUCGGCGAUUGCGUAGUUAUUAUGCAAAAUCCAUUCUAUCGCAUCCGCAAUGGAAUUGAAAAUGAAUGGCGCUGAACGUAAACCGAACGGAAGAGCAAGAUCUACGUAUAACUUUCCCCGCCACUUCAUGCCAAGCAUACGACGUUGAGACGGCAGUACAGCUAUGUUGCGAUAUGCGCUUUGGACGUCAAACGUAGCCAUGAGUACCUCCCGACCUAAUUUGGUGACCAUGGCAACGACUCCGUCGAAUGUUAUAUACUGCAGAGAGAAUUGUUUGGGGUCAAUAGCAUCAUUAACAAUACUCCCAUGUGGCGACGACAAAUCCAAAAUCAAACGUCACUUUCCUGGUUGAUCAGUCUUGGGGAUCACGCCAAAACUGCUAACGUGCAAAUUAGGUAGCGGAAAGGACCGCAAAGGACCGGCUUCACGUCCCAAAGCGACUUCGUUCUGCUGGUACGCAUCCCCGAUCUCAGGAUGGGCAGUUGCUGAAGCUUUAUUUUUUCGUGCAGAGGUUACAGAAAACUGGAGGAGAAAACCAAUAUCAAAGCUGUGUGCAAUCCCACUGAGAACAUAAUCAACUUUCGAACGAUCCGGAUGGGACUGGAGUUCGCAGGCAAAUUGAUGCAAAUUAAGAGGAGAAACCACAGAAACGGGAGGAAGAGUGUCUAGAAAUCAAUAGAGGCGCGUAUUACGGAUUGAGCAGAGGAGUAACUAUGUACGGCUAGGCUAUCGCUAACGGUGUAAAGGCUAGACUACCACAGGCGUUAGAAUAGAGUUAGCCAGAGCAAAUGGGUCUACUAGUAUACAAGCGCAAUGCUAGCCGAAUACCACGGUGCGAAAGACCUAUUGGGUUACAAUCCGCCAAUAGUCAUAUAUAAUACUAAUAAUUUAUUCAUUUGCAAAGCGCUAAAAACUAUAUAUAAUAUUCUAAAUAUGCUUGAGCUAGAGUAGGACUUAUCUAUCAGAGCACCAGCAUGAAAUAAAUAGGUCCCUGUGUAACGCAACGCGGCAAGUUUAAGAACCAGUAAGAAUGUGACAUCCAGAAAAUACCCAUUCUAAGCGGCUAAGGUAAAUUGAUAAAAAUCAGUUAGUACUUUCGACUUUCGAUCCUUAACUUUCGACCCUCGACCUCCACUUUUUGACCUUCCACCUCGACUUUUGACCCUCGACCUAUGACCCUCGAUACUCAGCAAUCACCCAAACUCCCAUUUUUAUUGUCAAGAAAAAAAUUGCACUCCUAGGCCUCUUAACCAAUCAAAUUGCAGUAAUUUUGUCAUGUUUACAAUAAGUAACCUAACCUUGUUGAUUUCAAAAAUGUCGACUAAACGAAUCUUCGACCUAUGAAUGUACUAUAAUAUGUUAUCGCCCUGUUAUUUCUAUUUACUAGAUGGAUAUUUAAUAUUAUUCCCGGCUUUUCAUUGGCUACAACAGCAGCGGUGCUCCGUUUGUGUAUCACAGAACCAGAUAAAUAUUACUAUCUUCACUGCAUCUGGCACAUUACCAUCAUGCUCUCUGUUGCGUUCUUGUUACCCAUACCUACGGACGAAGACCCGGAUGAACGCUGGUGGAUGGAUAAGAUGGACAGAGACAGUUAUACUCCGCUUCUUGGCCAUCGCGUAGUGGCUUAAGCAGGCGGGGGUGGGAUGGAGUGGGAGUGAGGUAUUGUAUUUGCCGACAAAAGUUUAACUUUUGCCGACAAAUUAUCCGAGAUUUGUUUCGUCGGGAGGGGGGAGCAGACCAAAUUUGAUUAGACGAGCAAUAUAAAAAUCG